UGCGUCUGAAAGAGGAACUCAGAACGCGACUCAUCACAGGAGCCGGUCGGGUUUGCGUGGAACUUUGCUGAUCCGACUUUUAUUUUGGAUUUUGGGGGAGAGGGGGGGGGGAGGUUUGCCACAGUUUGUUUUCAUUUGCCAGCGCGGUCGCAUCCAGGAGGAGCUUUGGAGUCAGAAGGUCAGAGAGGCCAAAGUUUGAAGAUGGAUGGCGACGGUUCCUCCUCCAGCGCGGAAAGGACUUUGUGGACGGUUUGGAGCUACAUAACCGAAGCUGUGAACAGAUUCAUCAGAACGGUGUCCACUAACAUCUCCGACAACACCAACUCCGUCGAGGAAACCCCCGUUGACAGCGAGCGCGUCGACGACUCUGCUCCCGCCGGAGGUGACGCUGGCGGAAGGGUCGGCGCCGAGGAGCCGCCCCUUCCGCCCCCUGCGGCGCCCCCUCUGCUGAGCUCAUCCCGGCCGCUCGUCGCCUGGGAGUUUUGCACCACGGAAAUCGACUUGGGAGCUGAAGAGAACGCGCAGCGCCAAGUCCAGCCGAGCGGAGGCCACCGGAGGAAGGCAUCUGAGAAAAGUGAGGGCGCGGCAGGAGAACGCGAGGAUGGCGGGCGGCCCAUCGCCGACGGAGACGAGCGAGAAGAAAGCGGAGAACGGGGGGAUGGCGAAGAACACGCAAACACCAGGUGGCUAAAGCUCACCGGUGAUGCAAUGAGUGACGACGUGGAGGAGAGCGAGAGGGAAGCCGGUGCUGCAGCGGAGACAGAGAGGGCCGUGACACCUGAGGAUCCUCGAGAGAUGGAUGAAACCACGAGAAAGAUCCAAGGAAAGGAGCACGAAGGUGAAAAAGAUUUACAGAGCGAAGACAUUGAGGUAAAAAUAUGUCCGAUCACAGAUUUGAGUGUAGAAGAAGAGGACGAGGUGCAUGAAGCGGAGUCGACGGUGACGCAUGGGGAAGUAGAAGACGGUGACGGUGUACCAGCGAUUGUGUCUGCCGCAGGGUUCACCACACCGCACGUCGAGUUGCAAACGGCCCACCACAAUCGCGGCGUGGAGUCCGAGUCCAGCGAGAGCGACGACGUUGAAAAGGCCAAUGAGGAGAAGGCGGGCGCUGUCAGAGAGGAGGAAAACGCGAAGGACCACGGGACAAUAGAGCGGGAGGACGCCGUCGAAACCCUCGCUGGAGGAAGUGAAAGAGGAGACGUGUUGACCGAGGAUGUUCCACGCGGCGAAGAAGUCGCUGAAGCGGAGCCGCGGGACGCGGGAGCAGUGGAUGCGGCUCGGAGCGCCGAUGUGCAAACCAAAACAAGACAGGUGGGUGGAGGCGGCACAGAAAGCGUGGCGGUCAAAUCCGAUGGGACAAUGGCGGAAAGUUCAGCGGGCGAGGAACCUUUUGACAAAGAUCGAGUAGAAGAAGAAGAGAGGCCCUUCGGUGAAGAAGGCAGCAAAGAGAGUUUUAUGGAAAUGUCAGGCUCACUGAACUCAGAAGAACCCGAAGGCGAGACUGUGCAGGAAACGGCAGCAGCGAUUAAGGAUAUUCCAACGGGGAUAUUUGAAGGCCGGCUUGUUGUCUCGGAGCUCAACUUUCCAACGCGUGAGGAAACACAAACGGGAGUUCCUGAGUAUAACAAUGUGCCAGAUGAAAAUACAACACAAGCAUUCCUGGAGGAAGGCGAUUGUGAGGGCAGCGUAUUACCAGAAGAGGUGUGGAGCAAAGAGCCGGAGGGCCUUCAAAACAGUGGCCGGGCGACACAAGUAUUCCUGGAGGAAGGAGAUUGUGAGGGCAGCGUCAGACCAGAGGAGGUGGGGAGCAAAGAGCCGGAGGGCCUUCAAAACAGUGGCUGUGCAACCGGCGCUGGCUAUUUAGUGGCGGUGGAGGAUAUGGAAGAGGAGCAAGACAUCAUGCGAGAUGUUGAGAAAAGCUUUGAUGCCGGAUUGCCUCCAGAGACAGAGAAACCACUCGAAGGAGUAACCCGAGAAUCGGAACAGUUAUUCGAGGAAGAGGAAGGAGAAUUUUUGGUUGAUUGUAUGAAGACGGGCAUCGACCACUCAGAAAAGGAAUUUGAGACGCACGUUGGCCCUACAGACGAGAUCAAUAAGGCGGCAAACGAGCCCCCAGAUGGGUUGGAGGAGAUUUUGGUUGACUUACAAAUAGACGAAGGGUCAUGUGAUCCCAAAGCCGCGGAUGCUGCCGAAGACGGAUGCGGGACAACGGGAGCCUCAGCAACAGAGGAAACUUUCCUCAAGGCUGAAGAACAGACGAUGACAGAGACGAGCUCCUGUCAGGUAGGUCAGCUGACCUCAGAGCAGAACAGAAACAUGGCCCCUAGUUUACUGGAAGACGUAACUGAACAUGAAUUCUUGAAAAGGCACGAUGAGACUGAGGAUGAACUACUUGAAGAUGUAGAAAUGCAGGAAGCGAGGGCAGAUGUGGAAGAAACAGGAGGGGAAGUUGAGCAAGUGGUGGCAGAAGAUGAAAUGGAGAGUCAAAAUGAGAUGGGCGUGUCCCAUCUGCAGGUCGAGGACCUGGCCGAAUUCGAAUGGUCUCCACUGGUUGAAUCACCGGAGAAAAGACAUCUACAACCGGACGAAGCACUUGAGAUCGGCGAGGAGACGUCAACAGACUCUGAAGCACCUGACGAAUCAAAGACGGCAGAGUGCAGAGCAGAAGAUUUCACAUCGAAACCAGGAGCGGAGGAGGAGAGUUGUGCUGAAGGGACGGUUGGCUCAUCCAGCGGACGUCAGGGCGUGAUCGACGACGACGUCCUCGACUUGUGGCUCCAGGCGGCUUCGCCAGAGAACGACGAUGGCGUGCAACAACAAGUCGACCCGCGUACGGGACAGAUAAUUGAGCCAUACGAGGAGGAACAAGGGGACGUAUCCUCACUGCAGACGGAGAAGGAUGUGGACCAGCUUGUGGAGUCAAAUUCAAGGGAAUCUGACUUGGAGGGUCACACAGAAACGUCUUCCUCAGCGGUAGAGACUGGAUUUCGAGGCCUAUACGACACGUUGGCUAUUGUCUCAGAAUCAGCAGACGUCUCCGAACUGUCUGCCCAACAACCCAACUGUGAUUGGCGGGACAUGUUGGGGGAGGAAGCGGCUGAGACGGGGAAAACGUAUCUGGAGGAGAAGGAAGCAUCCGCCGGGACAGGAUUUCACCGCGAUUCGGGAGUCCCGUCACCAGAGGCCAGACAUCUGGAUCAGGGAUCGGCGGAGACUCAAACCGGAUCGUGGAAUGAGAUGGAUGCCGAGGCCUCCGACCGGAAAGACGGCGGAGAAGACGAAGCUCAGUCACAGACAGAAAGGAGUUGUCUUUACCAAUUUGAGAAAACACAAACCGAAGAUGGGCCUCCCGAGACGGCCGCGUCCGGCUCUCCGGGUGAAGGCUCAGAACCAGGGCGAUCGCGCUCCGGCUCAGAGGCGUCGUUGGAGGAUGAAACCGUGCCGAUGGAAUCUCGCUCACAAAGCGACGUCUGCAGUGAUUCCGAGAUGAAGCUGUCCUCGGUGGACAGACCCCAGCCCGGGUGGAAUGAAGGAGUCGCCGAGUCAUCCGUUGGGCCCAACGUGACCGACGGGGCAGGACAUCCAACGACCACGUCUGAAGAUCAGAUGGAGGUGGAGAGCUCUGCGCUUGACUUUACUGCCCAAAGGUCAAGAAUUUCUGUUAAAAACCCUCGUGUACGGCCACCCAAAGAUUCCCGCUCCCUCCUAAAUAUGCCCUCAUUGGAUCCCACACCCUCCCAGCAGGUGUCUGCCAAAGUCCCUGUAGGUGGGCCUUUGGGAGGCUUGGGCUUUGGAGUGAAACUGCCUGGCCUUGGUGGGGGAUUUCCUGUUUUGAAGAAGACAAAACGGGUUGUAAGAGAUGAAAAUAGUCCAGAGACCAUCUCAGAGGAGAAAAAGCCAGAGGAGAGGAGUGACACCGAAGGUGACACCCAACACAAACCAAAAUGGACGCCACCAAGACAUCCAGGAUUUGGAAAUCCACUUAUGUCUGAGUUGAAGACCAAACUGAAGAAAACCACAAAAGAGUGAGAAGAAGAUGAAUUGUGAUUCUUUUGUGACUGUAAUAUGUAAAUUGAGAUAUUUUUGUGUAUUACUAGAUUCAAACACAGUGAUGAAAUGUCUGUGCCUUGUCAUAAAGCUCAACUAAAGAAUUGGUCAUUUUUUAUAGCCGUGUUCACAGCAAAUCAAUGAUUAUCUCUCUGGGCUGCAAAAGCACAGCAUAAACUAAUUAAGUCCACUUUGUAGACAUCUGUUGUGUUGUUUUUUGAGUGCUGGUGGAAAACUCGAAAUCACAAACAUUUUGGAUGUGCUAAGUAGCUUGAACAAUUUUUAAUGUGCUGAUCACAAACCCUCCUGGACACGUCUUUCAAAGCUAUUUAUGUAUACCAGUGCAGAAGUUAUAUAUAACAUAUGUAAAAGGCCUACAUGUAUAACAUUUCUUUGGGAAUUCACCAUAAUAAAUAAAUUUAAAAAUC